AUGACCUGCUUUGUGCGCCGGCGGUCACAUGACUCUGGUGGACGCAGUAGCAGCAGCAGUGGCAGUAGUAUGGCUCUGCUCUUCAGCAAUGAGGAGGUCCAGCGGGCCUGGACCGAGCUGGACGAGCCGCAGCUCGACGGAGGAUGGGAGUUCUUCACCGAGACCAUGAACGUCAAAAUAUACCGACUCUACAACAAGGAAACGGGUCUGUACGAGUACAAAGUGUUCGGUUCUCUGACCGGCUGCGCUCCAGAUCUCUGUGCAGAUGUCUACAUGGAUCUAAACUACAGGAGACAGUGGGACUCCUAUGUCAAAGAGCUGCACGAGAAGGACUACGGCGGACAGAAAGCCAUAUACUGGGAAGUGAAAUAUCCACUACCUCUGUCCAACAGAGAUUACGUGUAUGUGCGGGAGCGCCGGGAUCUGGACGUGGGGGGACGUAAGAUCUGUGUGGUGUUAGCCAAGAGCUCGUCUGUGUCUCAGUGUCCAGAGAAGAGGGGCGUGAUCCGGGUCAAAGACUACAAACAGAGUCUGGCCAUGGAGAGCGACGGCUCUGGCGGCACCAAAGUGUUUAUGAACUACUUUGACAAUCCUGGAGGAAUGAUCCCGUCGUGGCUGGUGAACUGGGCAGCGAAGACGGGCGUCCCUGCUUUCCUCACUGACAUGAAGAAGGCCUGCAGUAACUACAGCAGCUACUGCAACAACAGCAAGUGAUGCUCGAGUGACGUCCUCUGCUUCUGUUUCCUGUCAGGAGGGCAUUCUGGGUAGACUUACUGCUGUUUGUGUGGUGAUCGGAUAAAACCUGUCUGGAGUCCUUCAUUAUUGUUCUUUUGUUGUCUAAACUAAUGUCUGCAAUUGUCUUCUAAAGGGUUCGUUUACCCCAAAAUGAAAAUUCUGUCAUUAAUUACUCACCCUCAUGUCAAUCCAAAUUGUAAGACCAUCGUUCAUCUUCAGAACACAAAUUAAGAUAUUUUUGAUGCAAUCUGAGAGCUUCCAUAGACGGCAACGCUACUGAAAUGUUCCAUCUCCAGAAAUGUAGAAAAUGUAAUAAAUACAUCAGUGGCUCAACUUCAGUUUUGCGAUGCUAUGAGAAUACUUUUUUUUUUGUGUGCAAAGAAAACCAAAAUAACAAUUUACUCAACCAUUCUUCUCCUGAGUUAUUUCUUCCGCCAUUUUAGACUGUAUUACAAUGCAUAGCAUGCUUUCCCCUAAGUGUAAACAACGCUUAUUACGCACAUUACGUUCAUUCGCGCACUUUCCCCCUGAACGUAAACUAUGCUGAUUACAUCCAGUACCUUCUUGGGUACUCACCACAAUGGUGGAAGAUAUAACUCGGGAGAAGAAUGGUUGAGUAUAUUGUUAUUUUGGUUUUCUUUGCACAAAAAAAAAAGUAUUCUCGUAGCAUCGCAAAACUGAAUUUGAGCCACUGAUGUGACAUGGACUGUUUUACUGAUGUAUUUACUACCUUUCUGGAGCUGGGAACAUUUGAGUUGAGUUGCUGUCUAUGCAGGGUCUGUGAACCAUUUUAUGUGUAAAUAUAUUUUAAAAUUUAAUUCAUUUCAGUGAUCAAAACAGAUUUUUCAGCAUCAUUACUCCAGUCACAUGAUCCUUUAAAAAUCACUCUAAUAUACUGAUUUGCUGCUCCAUUAUUAUUGGUAUUCAAUUAUCAAUAAUGGUUCUUAUUAUCAAUGUUGCAAA